AUGAGCACUCCAGGAGCCACAUCGUCAUCAGUUUCUUCUUUAACACCUCGGUGGAAAUAUGAUGUCUUCCUUAGUUUCAGAGGUGAAGACACUCGAAAUAAUUUUACAGAUCAUCUAUAUGCUGCUUUGCAACGUAAGGGUAUUGUCACCUUCAGGGACGAAGAAGGACUUGAGAAAGGAGAAUCUAUUUCACCAGCACUCUUGAAAGCAAUAGAAGAAUCAAGGUUUGCUAUCAUCAUUCUCUCAAAAAACUAUGUGUCUUCCUCAUGGUGCAUGGAGAAACUUGCCAAAAUGGUUAGAUGCAGGAAAGAGACAGGAUUGACAAUUCUUCCUAUUUUUUACCAUGUAAGUCCAUCUGAUGUACGGAAACAGGCAGAAGCCCUUUACAUUCACAAUUCUUCGGAUACGAUAUUAAAGGAAGGGAAAUUAUUGAGAGAUAUGAUGCAACUCUUUGUGAGAACGAAAACAUUUACGAGAUAG